CACAGUUUCCUCAAUCCACACAAUUGUCACGAUAGGCUGGUCCUAUUCGAAGGCAACAGGACCGCACCGGUCCUUAUUUCGCGAACACAGUCGUAUCUGUUCAACCGAAAGCAGAAUUUGUGUCCCUGUCCUCUUGCAUUGGUAGGCGCCACUUCAGCUCUGUUUUCAAGCCGGUCCAAAAUGGAGGCGGAGUCACUGAAGAGCAUCGGCGGGUGGGAAUGAGUUGCCGCUCGCUAGAUACACAUCAAGGAGUACGAGGCUGAGGAGAGGCGAAUUAUUAGUAUUUUUUUCAUUAUUUCAAUUUUAUAUUAUAAUGUUUUAAUCUGACGUUGUGUGAGAAGUAGAAGACUAGCAGUAGUUAAACAAGAGGAUGGGAGAGAGGCUGGAACUCAAGCUCAAAUCGCCGGUUGGAGCUGAAGCGGCGGGCUACCCGUGGCCGUUACCAGUAUACGACAAACACCACGAUGCGGCUCAGGAAAUCAUUGAAACGAUUCGGUGGGUGUGUGAGGAGAUCCCAGACCUUAAGCUGGCCAUGGAGAACUAUGUCUUGAUCGACUAUGACACCAAAAGCUUCGAGAGCAUGCAGAGGCUGUGCGACAAGUACAACAGAGCCAUCGACAGCAUCCACCAGUUGUGGAAGGGCACCACCCAGCCCAUGAAGCUGAACAAGCGUCCCUCCACCGGCCUGCUCAGGCAUAUCCUGCAGCAGGUGUACAACCACGCCAUCACCGACCCGGACAGGCUCAACAACUACGAGCCCUUCUCCCCCGAGGUGUACGGGGAGACCUCCUUCGACCUGGUGGCGCAGAUCAUCGAGGAGAUCGAGAUGAUGGAGGAGGACACCUUUGUGGACUUGGGCAGCGGAGUUGGACAGGUUGUGCUACAGGUUGCUGCGGCAACAAACUGUAAACACUACUUUGGGAUUGAGAAGGCUGACAUCCCUGCCAGCUAUGCAGAGGGGAUGGACAGAGAGUUUCAGAGGUGGAUGAAGUGGUAUGGAAAGAAACAUGGAGAGUACACGCUGGAGAAGGGAGACUUCCUGUCAGAGGAGUGGAAAGACAGGAUAGCAAACGCAAGUGUGAUUUUUGUGAAUAACUUUGCCUUUGGUCCCGAGGUGGAUCACCAGCUGAAGGAACGUUUUGCUAACAUGAAGGAAGGUGGCAAAAUUGUGUCUUCAGCACCUUUUGCACCUUUAAACUUUAGAAUUAACAGUCGGAACUUAAGUGACAUAGGAACCAUAAUGAGGGUGGUGGAGUUGUCUCCACUACGCGGAUCAGUGUCCUGGACGGGGAAGCCCGUGUCGUACUACCUGCACACCAUAGACCGCACCCUGCUUGAAAAUUAUUUCUCUUGUCUCAAAAAUCCAAAACUCAGGGAGGAACGAGAGGCAGCAAGGCGGCAGCAGCAGAAGGAGAACAGAGACAGUAAAAACACCAUGUCCAAGGACUUAUGUCGGACGGGUGAGCGUUUGGGCCUGCUGACGACGCUGAAGGUGUCCCCUAAGCCGCGGCGCGGCCAGCUCAUGGGGAAGGCGUGCAAGCUGGGCGGCGGGAAACGCGGGCGGCCCAAGAAGGCGGCGGUGUCCGCGGCGCAGGAGCGCAAGAGCAGGAGGACCCAGAGCGCCCUGGAGCUGCUGCACGCCAGGACCAUCUCAGCAGCGCCCCCUCAGGAUCUGUACAAGUCACCUCAGAGGUCCGUCUACCAGCACCAUUCCAAAGUUCCACACUACUCAUCUGGGCAACGGUAUCGGAGCUCCGCCCCCUACGCCCUGGAGCAGCUGCUGGAGAGCAUAAAGGUGCAGUACCUGCAGUUCAUGUCUUACAUGAGGACGCCUCAGUACCGCAAUAACCUGCAACAGGUGCUGCAGCAGGAGAAGCACAAGCACAGCGAGCUGUCCGGUCGAGUGAGGCAGCUGUACAGUAGCUGUCAGAGCCACAAGGACAGGAUCAAAAGGCUGUUCCAGACCAAGCUGGAGGAGCUGGGAGUGAAGGCCUACACGCUGGAGGACCUGGUGCAGGCGAAGAAGGAGAUCUCUGCGCACAACCAGCAGCUGAAGGAGCAGAGCACCCAGCUGGAGAGAGACAUGGCGGAGCUGCACCAUCACAGCCUGCUGCUGCUGAAGUAUCGCUGUGAGGAGCUGCAGCUGGACUGGAGCUCGCUGUGCGUGGAGAAGCUGCUGAAGGAGAAGCAGGCCCUGCGCAGCCAGAUCUCUGAGAAGCAGCGGCACUGCCUGGAGCUGCAGAUCAGCAUCGUGGAGCUGGAGAAGAGCCAGAGGCAGCAGGAGCUGCUGCAGCUGAAGUCCUACAGGCCCUGUGAGGAGCUACCCUACCGCAAAAGCCCCCCCAGCCUGGACCCCAAGCUCCCGCCGGAGCCCCUAAUGCCAAAGCUGGGCCCUGCUGACGCCAGAACCAACGGUCUGAGCCCGGAGCUGUUGGUCAACGGCACGGCCUCCCCGAACUCCGAGAGCAGGGGCGACAAGGCAGAGCUCCUGACCCAGUACCUGCCCCCCUCCCCCGAGCAGGACACCCGCCACCGACACCAGGCUCACACGCUGCCCGAUUACACCCGCUUCUCGCCCGCCAAGAUCGCCCUGCGCAGACACCUUAACCAAGAGCCCAGCCCCGUGCUUCCACAAGGGCCUGAGACCCCAGAUCACAGAGCGGACAGCAGAAAGGAGGGAGUCCUCUCACCGCCGCCCAUCGGAGCCAAACAGUGCAGCCCCUCACCCAGCGCUCUGGAUACCAAACACAGCGGCACAGCCAGCGGUGCGGACAGGGCGUGUAAGGAGAAGAGCCCGGCUGUCCCUGGGGGCGGAGACAUUACCAGCCUGCCAAUCAGCAUCCCCCUCAGCACCGUGCACCCCUGCAAGCUCCCGGUGCGCAUCCCUCUGGCCAGCGUGGUGCUGCCCAGCCGCGCUGAGAGACUGAGGAGCACCCCGAGUCCCGUCUCAUAUGAGAAACUGAAGCAGCCCCACACACCCACCUCAGGGAUGGUGAUGGCGAAUGGCUCCUCUUACUGUGGAUCUUUCACCCUGGAGCAGAGCCCUGCCUGCUCCUCCUCCCCCACCCCACCACACAGCGCUGCCCUGCUGGGGGUGCAGGGGGCCGCCGGAGCAGAUGGGGUCCUGCAGUAUGCUGACGGCCCUCCCAAGAUCCUCCCCGAGCCGGGCCUCGAGCCCCUCGAGGGCGAGACCAGGCGGUGCCUCGUCCUGUCCUCUUCGUCUUCCUCGUCUUCCUCUCCCUCGAGGGGCACAGGCUCACGGCAGCACUCCGGCGCCGCCGAGCAAAGCCAGAAUCACCAUGGUAACCCCCACCGGUCUGCCACCCACCUGCACCCCCAUGGCUCGCAGGAGGGCUCUAAGCACCGCAGGAGGAAGCGCGGCUCCACGGGGCCCCCCACAGGGCCCGGGUCCCCCAAAAGGAAGCCCCUCCCUGUGCUGGGAGCUCACCCCUCCGCCUCCCCCCUCAGCAUCAGCUCCAUGGUGAACAACAUUAACCAGCCCCUGGAGAUCGCAGCCAUCUCGUCCCCGGAGCAGUGCUCGCUCAGCCCCUGCGGGCGUGACCUGGACCAGCCGCCCGUGCUGACGAGGGAGCGGCCGCUGGAGCUCAACGGCUGCAGGCGCGACUCCUCCGACGCCGAGGAUCAUGGGAACAGCCCCGGCGCAAGAAUGGAGAGGCAGAUGUCUCCCUUACCCCUGGACAGCAGAGACGGCCUGGCCAAAGCAGGGCAAAAUGAUUCUGGUGGGGGCUCACUGCGCAGGAAGUCCAGUGGCAUUAUGGGAAAUGAAGUCUCCUCUACUUCGUCGUCUUCCACAUCUUCCUCCAGCAAAUGGAAGUCCACCUUUUCACCAAUCCUAGACCCAAAGCAACCCCUGCCAGACCUGAGACAAGGAAUGUCUCCUCUCAGAGGAGGGGCUGGAGCCCGUGGUGGCAGAGGGGGCGGAGACCCAGACUAUGAGAACAGGCAGCACCAGAAGAGAGGGGAGGGAGGGGGGCCGGAGUCUCUGAUUGUCCCCACGUGCCCAGUGGGGACCCCCCACCCAGACCAGGGGGGCGCUGAGGUACAGACCCCCAGAGAGAAAGCGGUGGAGGCGGGCCUCAGGCUAGGCGGCCAGAACCUCCUCACCUCGGCCUCCGUGAACGGGGCCGUGCCGAAGAAGGGGAAGGUGUGCAGCCCCGUCACUGUGCCCUUCCCCACCGGAGCCUCGGGGGGGCCCCCUCCCGUGGACGCCUCUCUCUUUCAGUCACACUCGGGGAUCCAGAAGGCCGUGCCCCCCGCCCUGGGAGCCCCGCAGCUGAUGAACGGACACGCUGCGCGCGGCACCGUCCCCGGCCCCGGGCUGGCAGGGAGCGCUGCAGGAGGGGUCUUUCACCGCGCGGUGCCUUCCUCCAGUUCACCAGGGGGCACUGUGGCCUACAGCUCUCUGCUCAGCCUCUCCUCUUCCUCCCCGCCACGGCUUCAGCGCGCUAACCCCCAGCAGAGCCGCGCUCACUCCGUCCUGCACUCCCCUUCGCCCCCCACCCUCUGUCUGCCCCCGCCUCUGCUCACCGCCUCCUCUUCGUCCUCUCUCACCCCCACACCCGAAACCGGUCUGUCCCGGUUAGACGCAGCCCCGCCCCUCCGGGCCGCUCCUGCCACACCCUGCUACUCGGCCCCUGCCCCUCAACCACCGGCCCCGAGAAAGUCUUCCUCACACUCGCUCUCCUCCUCUUCCUCUGCUUCCAUGUGUAUCGGUGCUUCCUCCUCCUCCUCCUCUUCCUCUUCCUCGUCCUCCCGCGGCUCCCUCCUGAUGCACCCCCCUGCCCUGGCCCAGCUCCACCCGCCUUUCAGCAGCAGUGGAGGAAGCGGGGGCCACCUGGGGGGUCUCACACACGACCUGGCAGACCCUCAGCGCCGAGCCCAGACCGGCCCCGGGGCCAGGCAGGGGGGAGAGGGGGGUGCGGAGGAUUGCAGGAGGCUGUAGGACCGAGGGGG